GAUUUGAUUUGCCCUCGGCCUCGGCUUUCCCAAUCUCGAGGGAAUCAAGGCCUUUUCUCAAUUGCGCUGCGGCUGCGCUUCCCUUCCCUUCCCUUCCCUUCCCUUCCACAACUAUCCACUCUCCACAACAACACAACUCUUCUCGCUUCCGUUAGGCUAUCAAAGAUAUAGUUCUGUAGUUUAAGCAUGGGGGACACUGAAACUGUAGUUGCCCAAACAUCUCAAGUCAUGGGAUAUACAUCUGCUGGAUAUGUUUCAAGUGGCUAUGCAGAUAGCAGUUCGAAUCUAAUUCCUCAUGCCGGCGCUUUUCAAUCUGUGACCACUGCAGACUUUUCUGUUUCAUCUACCUCUGCAGAUAUGGGGGAUGGAAAUGCUUAUGUUACGGAUCCCAAUUCUGUUCACCAAGGAAAUCAUGUUGGUGAAGUGGACGAGACAAAGGCAGCUGUUGUAGGGACCGAUCAUACUCAGAAUGCUGAUGUAUCAGAAAAUACAGCAAUGGAAACUGCUGAAGCUGUCAGUCGUGAUACUUCUUUAAAUGGAAGUGUUGCUGCCGAAGAAGUCAAUGCGUCAUCACUUGAGAAUGGAAAUGUUAAUGAGAAUGCCGGCGAGGCAUCUGAGGAACAACACUUUGUUGAUGGUUCUUCUGUACCUCCGCUAUCUGCUGAAGAAGAUAGACUGUGGAACAUUGUGAGGGCUAAUUCAUUAGAUUUUAAUGCUUGGACUUCUUUGAUCGAAGAGACAGAGAAGGUGGCAGAGGACAACAUACUGAAAAUCCGGAGAGUUUAUGAUGCCUUUUUAGCAGAAUUUCCUUUAUGCUAUGGCUAUUGGAAGAAGUAUGCUGAUCAUGAGGCACGUUUUGGAUCUACUGAUAAAGUUGUUGAGGUGUAUGAACGAGCAGUACAUGGGGUUACUUACUCAGUUGAUAUUUGGCUGCAUUAUUGCAUAUUCACGCUUAGUACUUAUGGAGAUCCAGAGACCAUUCGAAGGCUUUUCGAGAGAGGAUUAGCUUAUGUCGGGACAGAUUACCUCUCUUUUCCCCUUUGGGAUAAAUAUAUUGAAUAUGAGUACAUGCAGCAGGAGUGGGGCCGUCUUGCCAUGAUAUAUACACGUAUACUGGAGAAUCCAAAUCAACAGUUGGAUCGGUAUUUCAAUAGCUUUAAGGAGUUAGCUGCAAGUCGACCUUUGUCAGAAUUGAAGAGUUCUGAGGAAGCUGUAGUAGAUGUGCAAUCAGAGGCUGGUAAUCAAGUAAAUGGGGAGGAAGGUCAUCCUGAUGCUGCAGAACCAUCAUCUAAAACUGUAAGUGCUGGCUUAACAGAAGCAGAGGAGUUGGAGAAGUAUAUCGCCAUUAGAGAAGAAAUCUAUAAGAAAGCUAAAGAGUUCGAUUCUAAGAUCAUUGGUUUUGAAACAGCUAUCAGAAGGCCCUACUUUCAUGUUCGGCCACUAAAUGUUGCAGAGCUUGAUAAUUGGCACAGUUACCUGGAUUUUAUAGAACAAGAAGGAGACUUAAAUAAGGUGGUGAAGUUAUACGAGAGAUGUGUUAUUGCUUGUGCCAACUACCCUGAGUACUGGAUACGAUAUAUUUUAUGCAUGCAAGCAAGCAAUAGUAUGGAUCUUGCCAAUAACGCUCUUGCUCGGGCAAGCCAAGUUUUUGUCAAGAGACGACCAGAGAUCCAUUUAUUUGCUGCUCGGUUCAAGGAGCAGAAUCAGGAUAUUGCCAGUGCUCGAGCCUCAUAUCAACUUGUGCAUACUGAAAUUUCACCUGGUCUUCUUGAAGCAAUUAUUAAGCAUGCUAAUAUGGAACAUCGUCUGGGUAACCUGGAAGAUGCGUACUCUGUAUAUGAACAGGCCAUUGCUAUUGAAAAAGGAAAAGAACAUUCUCGUGCAUUGCCACUGUUAUAUGCUCAGUACUCGAGGUUUCUGAACUUGGUAUGUAAGAAUGAAGGAAAAGCUAGAGAAAUUCUGGAUAAGGCAGUUGAGCAUGGUGAAUUAUCUAAACCACUCAUUGAGGCCUUGAUACAUUUUGAGGCAAUUCAGUCAACAGCAAAGAGAAUUGAUUAUUUAGAUUCAUUAGUUGAGAAGGUCAUAAUGCCCAAUACAGAGAAUCCAACUGUCGUGAGUGCUUCAAUGAGGGAGGAGUUAUCAAGCAUUUUCUUGGAGUUUCUGAAUCUCUUUGGAGAUGUUCAGUCUAUCAAGAAGGCCGAGGAUAGACAUGCCAAGCUAUUCAUUUCACAUAAGAGUACAUCAGAAUUGAAAAAACGCCUUGCAGAUGAUUAUCUAGCUUCUGAAAAAGCAAAAAUGGCCAAACCUUAUCCUAGUGUUGCUUCACCAGCACAAUCUUUGAUGGGUGCUUAUCCAACCGGUCAAAACCAGUGGGCAGCUAGCUAUGGUCUACAACCACAAGCGUGGCCUCCUGUUGCUCAAGCGCAGGGGCAGCAACAAUGGGCGCCUGGAUAUACCCAAUCGGCCUCGUAUAGUGGGUAUGGAAGCACUUACACGAAUCCACAAGUGUCCACAUCAGUGUCACAAGCUUCCACUUAUGCCUCGUAUCCUCCUACAUACCCUGUCCAGCAGGCGUAUUCAGCUCAGAGUUAUGCCCAGCCUACUGCUCAAGCAGCAACGUUAGCACCAUCGCAACAGCCAGCUUCAGCCGCUCAGCCAUAUUAUGGGGGCUACUACAUGAAUGGAUAAGAGUUCCCAUUAGCUUACUUUACUGGUAACUGUAAUCUAAAAUUUUUCCCUCAUGUACCAUACGAUCCAUCUGACCUCUCCUGUACCAUUGUUCUUUAGGGACAUGGGUAUGGCAUAUGGCUAACACAAACUAGGGGACAGUUCUAGAAUCUUCUUCUUCCACCCAAUUCUUCUUGUGUUUUAAUUUUUGAUGUGCCAAAAUGGUAACUUGGGUAUCAGAAUUUUUCAUUGCUAAGUAGCUUCGGAAGGUAAUGAUUUCAACCGACUUGACUCGACUCCAUUUGUUGUGAAUGUUCUGUUAUAUAUGGGCAGACGCAGACCCCUAGUAUGGUGCAUAGAUGGUUGUGGCAUCAAACUGGGAGUGACUACUACGUUUGAAAGCCUAUUUUUGGAUUA